AUGACGAAACAGUUCAAUGAUUUAUCGUUAUUGAACUGUCGUUUGUUGGAGACACCACUCGGUUGCACAGUAACGAUCGAAUAUGAAAGAAUCGAUUGGCAAGAAGAUAUCCAUUGUAAUAUUCGUUUUCAUGGAAGACAUAGCCUAUCACCCAUGCUGCCUAUUGUGAUAACAAGAGAUGAUCGAAUGCAAAUGAAUUUUGUUUUUCAAGAUGUCGGCGAAAUUAUGGCUGUUGAAAUUCAAUUAUUACCGAACAAAAGAGUGGGUUUGAAUAUAAAAUGGAUUGAGAUUAAUAUUGCAAAGAAAGGCUUUUGUCAAAAAUUCAAUGUCCACAGAUGGUUACAUCCGAGUAUGGGUGAUGGACGAACUCGGUUGAUCUUAGCGCCGAAUAAUACACCUGGUUAUGUGCCGCAAAAAAAGCUUGAAAAUAUCGAACAACCAAAACGAGAUUAUGUUAAAUACAUGAUACUCGUUGAAGUUUCGAAAGUGAAAGGAAAUGUCGACAAUUCAAUCUUAUCAAUCGAUCUCAUUGGAAAAUAUGGUCGAACGGGUUUACAACGAUUAAAUACGAAAUAUGAUGAAAUCGUUCCAUUAAGAACCGAUACUCAUACAAAUCUAUUCGAAUUAACUAUGCUAGAUGUUGGCUUACUACAAAAUUAUGAGAUAAAUUUAGAAAAUACUCAGAAUAACACCGGCGCUUAUCUUCUUGCUACGAUCUACAUCUUUCGUAAACGAUAUUACGAAAUUUCACUUCAGCAUUGGAUUGAAAGUGAUCAAACUUUACGUGGUCAUAUUCGAACGGUAGACUCACCGCUAGUCUCGUCCUUAUUCAAUGAAAUUCAGAUGAAAUCCUCAUUUAUUCUAUGGUUAACUGGAUCAAAUUUGAUAAGAAAAGAGAUCAAAUUACCAAUUUAUUUGCAAUUUAACUGUCAAAAUAAUCGAAGCAAACCAAAUGACGAAACGGUCACCAUUCGAUCCGAUUGUGUAGCAGUAUUAGCGAUCUCAACAGCUUGUGCAAUGCCUUUGAACUCAAUAAUGCUUGGCUUUCGUCAUCAAUCAACAAGCCAUUGUAUAGUUCAAGAUAUCACUGUUCUUGAUGUUUUCCAAGGUCAAUACUUUCCAUUUUAUUAUGACAAUGGACUAGCAAAAAUAUCGAACGACAUCGAUUAUUAUUUGUUCGUUCCACAGCAUAAGUCUGUUUUACUUUUACAACGACAGACUUCGAAAUCAUAUGUUAUUUCGCUUUUGACAUCCGCCAGAAGUUCAUCUCGAAAACAUGCUAUGAAAAUUGUUUUACGCGGCGAACAUGGUUUAACUAACAUGCUUUCUUUACAUGAUUCCGCGUGGAAUCAAGUGCCAUUUGAAGCAAAACAUAAAGAUAAAUUCGUAUUGCUCGGAGCUGACAUUGGCAAAAUAAUCGGUCUCACAUUGUUUCACUUGAAUGAAGAGACAAAAUAUAGCUUUGAUAUUUUGGAAAUUUUCCAACCAGAUAGCAAGAUAUGCAUCCGGCUACCGGGAAACCAUGAUAUUUAUAAUGAAAUUAUUGAUUUCAAUUAUGAAUCUCCGAUUGUUUAUACAGUUGAAAUAAAAACAGGUGCUAGUACUUUGAAUGAUACAGCGGAUAUUACGUUAACAUUAAUCGGAGAGGAAUCCUCCCUUGAAUGGAUAUUAUUAACGUGUGAUAGCUAUACGAAACCAUUUCGAACUGGACAAAUCGAUACAUUUUACAUUCCAUCGAAGAAAUUAGGCAAAAUUCGUGCUGUGGAUAUCAGUUGUUCCAAUAUUGAUACUAAUUGUAAAUGGUUUUGUGAAACGAUCGCUGUCCAAGAUACAGAGUUUAAUCUAAAAUCGAAUUUUAUAAUCAAUCGAUGGUGUGGUGAUCAUCAGGAAGUUGAUUUGAUAGAUACAUCAUAUACCAUAAGUAAAACAACGUUAAUUCAGCCGGCAUCAACGAAACUAUUAACGACUUUUCUUCUCACGGUAAAAUCUGGCCUUCGGACUACAACGAAUUCGAUAUUGACGCCUUCGAUUUACAUUUUCUUCACGGGUCAAUUCGGAAGUUCGCCUGUUCUACAUUUAAACGAACUAACUGAUCGUCUUGAUUUAUUUCAAUUACUCGAAAUCGAUGAGUUCACCUUUACAAUACCUGAUACAGGCACAAAAAUAUCUGUAAGUUUAGCCAACGAUAAUGCGCAUCUGGAACAACGAGGAUCUUACUGAGUAGAUUUACAAAAGACGAAUGCACUGUUUUCACCAUAUAUUGAUGUUGAAGCUGAUGUUGGACGUGUAACACUUCCAUUAGCCGGACCGCGUGAUGAUGCUGCGUAUCCCUCCUAUGAACUUCUCAUUCGGACUGGUCAGACAAAAUCUAUGGACGAUGGAAAUGUUAGUAUUCAACUAAAAGGUGAUAAAACUCUCUCCAAACAGAUACCAUUGAUUGAGAGAUAUAAUAAUUCAUCAAUAAAAGCAGAAGGAACUUCAAGUUUUCUUCUGUACGGUCUCUGUUCCCUUGGAGAAUUAACAGAAAUAUUUAUCUAUCUUGAUAAAAUUCAUCGACAUACGCAAUGGAGUUGGCAGUAUAUAGUUAUACAUGAUUAUCUGAAUGAUAAAUAUUAUGGUACGAAAGCAAACCAGAACCAAUAUAUAGGCAAAAUGAAACUCAGCUUAUUGAAUACCAUCGAUCCAAAUCAUAUCGAUCCUAAUUAUCGAAUAGUAUACAAAACUCAGGCAAAUGCAUUAACAAAUAUCUCGCCAAAUAGUCAAAUUUUGAUGAGAUUGAUUGGUAAUGAAUCAACACGGUUUUUUCCUCUUGAACACGCUUGUCAACUAACUCCUGGAUCGAUGAAUGAAUAUAUCUACGGAGGAAAUGAAUACAUUCACGAAUUGAAUAAACUCGAUCUGCAAUUAAUCGACAACGAUGCGAAUACUCGUUGGGCUUGCGAAUCAAUUGAAGUUCAUGAUCUGAAAACUAACGACAUAAUUACAUUUCCAAUCAAUAGUGUCAUUGAUACGACAAAAACAACGACUUGGAAAUGUGGUGUUAAAUUACCAAUGGUUUACUUGAUUAGUAUUCGAACAGGCGAACAAGGAGCUUCGUUAAAUUUUCGAUAUGGUUCAGCUUCUGUAUCCUUAAAGUUGUAUGGCGAUUCGGGUGUCUCAAAUGAAAUAUCAUUGCAUAUUCCUGGUGAUCAAUCUUUCUAUCUCAGAGCCAAUCAAAUAGAUACAUUUGAAAUCAGCCAAUUAGCGUCGGCAGUUGGUCAAAUUAGCUCCAUCGAUUUGUAUCAUAAUGGAAAGAAAGAAGAUUUUUGGAAUAUUCAGUGGAUUAAUAUAAAAGACGUCAUGAUGAGUAAAUCAUUUGAUUUCACAAUUGAAAAGUGUCUGAAUAAAGACUUAGGAACGAAUUUGAAGAUUUUGCAUAUACCAGCAGAUGUGUCUACUAGAAAAUCAAUGAAUCAAUUGAGCUCACGAUCAAAUUAUGUUAUAAGGGUUAAAACAGGUGCUCAAACACCAAUACAUACGAAUGAUAAUAAUGCAGUAUCAAUUGUGCUCAUCGAUCCAUUGAACGAUUCAAACCGUAUACCGCUAACAUCAUCAGAUAAUUCAACGCGAUCAACUUUUCAAGCUGAUCAGGAGGAUCGAUUCGAUAUAACGAUUGCACCAAUGCUUGAAUUGAAAGUCAUGCAAAUAUAUUUCCAUGGUACAUUUCCGUGGUUUUGUGAACGAAUCAUAGUCACAGAUCAAACGAAUGGUCUGUCAUAUCGAUUUGAUGUUGAACAAUGGUUUACAGAAAAAGACAAUGAUCAGCCGAUGAACAUAUAUGGACAACGCGAAGAUGAUAUCGGUUGGACGUGUUCGGUCACGGUUAAAACUCAAGCAGUUCUACCAGCACAGACAAAUCUACGAGGAAAACUACUGAUUUCAAUUUAUGGACAAAACUUUUCCUUAAUUGACGCUAUUCUUGGCUCAGGUCGAUUGAUGUAUGGUUUAUUUCACGCAGGAAGCGAAGAUAUCAUCGAGUUGAAGAGUGCUAAACGGCUUGGAGAAAUUCAUUCCAUUGAACUACGUCUCGAAGUUGCCGAAUGGCAAUCUUGGUUAUGCGACAUGAUUGAAAUUGUUGAUCCUACUGAUAAUUGGGAUUAUUCCUCACGUUCAAUGAUACCGAAAACUUACAAAUUUCCAAUCAAUCGAUGGCUCGGUGCAUAUGCCAUGGACAAACGAACAGUCCUUCAGUCAAUAAUCAAUCAAGAACCGGGUUAUAGCCAAAUGCCUACAUAUAUCGUUCACAUAUUGACUGGAACGAAAAAUAUGCUUACUGAAUCGAACAUACAAACGAAUGUUUAUCUUCAAUUAUUCUGUACAAUCUCUAAUCAUGUCUACGGGCCUAUUCUGUUAGAUAAAUCUUCGAAUAAUACUCAACCGUUUCGUAAAGGUCAAAUUGACGAAUUUUAUAUUAAUGAUUUAGCACAUUGUGGUGAAAUCAAAAAGAUUCGUUUGUGGCACGACGGUGAUAAAUCUACCUCAUGGCAUUGUGAGUGGAUUAAAAUAACGAAUGUCCAAAGAAAUGAAGUCUAUGAAUUCUCUGUGGAGAAAGUUUUAGAUGAAGACAUUGAAGAAGGUUCAAGUAAUUUAAUUUUGUAUUGCAAAAAACGAGAUGAUAGCAACGAAAAUGAUCUCCACACACCAUCACGAAUUAUGAUUUCUUAG